UAUAAUCGCCAGCUUGUAAAAGCUAAGCGCUUGACUCAAUUCUUGCACAAAACCGCUUGGACUACAAGUGCUUUCGGGAGAGUUAUGUCCAAAGACAGCUUUCCAUCUUCUGCUCCUAAGAACUGCCAGAUUGGAUCCAGUGUGAAUCUGCAGCCUCCUCCGACUGAAUGUCCUGGGAAGACACCUAUUCAAAUUCUGCAUGAAUAUGGGACAAAGCUCGGCAAGAUCCCAGUGUAUGUUUUGGAAAAGGAAGAAGGUGAAGCGCACCAGCCGACUUUCGUUUUUAACGUGACCAUAGGAGACGUUAAUUGCAAAGGUCAAGGCGCAACCAAAAAAGCGGCGAAGCACCAGGCUGCAGAGGAAGCCCUGAACAUCUUACAGUCCGAGUCUGCCAUCAACCUCCUGUUAGUGAAGACAGAAGAUAAUGUGCCAGAAGUUGAGCAAAACGAGCAAUCCAACCCCAUUGGGAUCCUGCAGGAGCUUGCAUUACAGAACGGGUGGCGUCGGCCUGAGUAUACUUUUUCUAAGGAGACAGGACCACCUCACAAAAAGGAGUUCACUGUGACUUGCAGAAUGGAGUCCUUCACAGAGACUGGAAGCGGAAACUCCAAAAAGCUUGCAAAAAAAGCCGCCGCUGAAAAAAUGAGAGCAAGACUCCGAAACCUCUCUGGCCACCCCGAGACGCGCUGGGCUAAGCCCAGUGUCUGGCUGGAUAGUCUGCGUAACUCGUCGGGAGAGAAAAUCUCCGUGCUGCGAAGAAGUCCCCUCAGUGUCCACAACACUGACUAUGUGCAGAAGAUGCUGGAACUGGCUGAGGAGCAGGGAUUUGAGGUCACAUACUUUGACAUUGGCGAGCUGACGGUGAACGGGCAUUACCAGUGCCUGGUGGAACUCUCCACCGCGCCCAUCGCCGUGUGCCAUGGCACGGGGAUCUCCUGCAGUAACGCCCACAACGACGCGGCGCACAGCGCUCUGCAGUACCUGAAGGUGGUGGCCUCCGCCAAGUGACCUCAGGGGUGGAGCUUUGCCACGUGUUCACGGUCGCGUUCGCUCGACCUGUCCUCACGGUCUGCUUCUGACACAACGUCACUUUAGACCCGCCUUUGGAUGACCAUCAUCAGCGGUCACUGUGUGACUAAAUGCCUCCAUCCCUCGAAACACAAUUUUGAAAACCAAAUACAAAAUAAUUAGCGACAAUUUACAUUUUAAUUUCUCAAAAAUGUCCUAUGUUUUUUUUUUUUUUAAACAUUUUCUGGAGUUCAGCACUAUCUGGGAGUUAUCUGUAGUUUAAUUUAAAAACAUGGCACCCUUCAUGAAGUUAAUUUUUUUUUUAUAUCCUUACAGCAUCCAAAAUGAUGUAUUUUAGUAUUUAAAUUUUAUUCAUGUAAUGUUGAAUAAAUCAAUAUUUUUAAGUUCCCUCAGAUUCUUUACAUUUGACUUCAGUUACACUACAGCCUUUGGAAGUCUAGCGGUCCUACAGGCUAAUAAUUAUGAGACAUACCUUCCUACGUGAAAUGUUUGCUUCGUUUGGCCUUUAAGUUGCUGUUUGGUAAUGUUCAAAUGUAAUACAAAGCUUUUAAUGAAAUACCAACAUCUAGAUUUUAUUUCAUGUGUCCUUCCCAUGUUAAACUACUUUCAAAACCAGUACCAAUAUCCAUCAAUCUUCCAAGUAAUUAUCAUAAUCAUGUCCUUCAGAAUACUGAUUUGUGAACCAGUUUGUAUUUGGAAACCUGUUUCAGGACCCUCAUAAGCCUAUAAGUGUACAUUUAAUCAGACUUUUCCAUGUCCUGUUGUUAAGCAGCAUGAAAGUUGUCAGUGUAAAACUUCACCUGAUCUUACCAGAGACAGAUGAGUAAAUGUCUGUGUGACCUGUUUUCCUUGAAGCAGUAAUUAAAACUCACCAAAUGUUAGGCAAUUUCUAAUAUUAGGCGCAGCAUCAAAUUCCCCUAUACCUGAGUUCUGUAUGUUACAGCUGAACUUGUUUCCCAUAGCAACAUGUUUGCAGUGAGUCUUUAAAAAGUAAUAAGCUUACAGGAACAGCUAUACCGAGGUCAUAUAUGGGUAAUAGCACAGAAACCCAAUAAUGUUUUGGUUCCACGAAGCUUUCCAAAGCAAUUCAGACAACGAUGGCAAAAACUGGCUAGUGGAGUUAAGCAAUAAUCUGUGUCCUUUGUUUUAAGAGUUUUCUGUGAAAUGUCAGUUUUAACCCAGAGUUUUCUUAGUAUUUCAUACUCUUUAUUCAAUAUAGGUAUCCGUCGACUUCCAUCCUAUCGUGUCCCGUCUGAUCACGUUUACGUCCGAGGUCCAUAGUAAAUAAUAUACACUGAUGGAGAGAUGCCUGAAAGCGGGUGUAGUAGGGCGUUAGUGGGUGUAGUAGGCCGUUAGCGGGUGUAGUAGGGCGUUAGCGGGUGUAGUAGGCCGUUAGCGGGUGUAGUAGGCCGAUAGCGGGUGUAGUAGGCCGUUAGUGGGUGUAUCACUUAGUGUAACAGGCGCAGGACAAUGGGCAGCCCUGCUAGCCGUUUAAUGACCCACUGCCCAUAUCUAACUUGUAAUACAUAUGCACAUAGUAAUGUAAAUGUAAUGGAGAGCUACAGCAAGCAGAUAUAAAGAUACAGUGCCUGUACUGUGCUAUUUUGUUACAUAAAAAGACAAUGUACUGUACAAUAAAAUCUUUGUCAGCUCCUACUGUUUGCUACCACAUGCAUCUUUUAAUUUCAUAGGGCAAUCAGCACUUGAUUUUUACCUGUAAUUUAAGUGCAAUCUCUCUCUUUAUUAUAAAGUGUUGUGAUUUUAUAUUUACAUUAUCAUUUGCUGUACUGUGUGUACAUUACUGUGCUGUACUUAAUGUCUUGUCUCUCUCCUAUAACUACUGAGAUAUACCCAAAUUGACUUCUGUGGUCCCAGUCCCAAAUGAGAACAUAAGUCGACGGAUACCUGUGUUCCUGUGUAUGAGUUUGAUUUAGGGGUGUGUUUUUAUUAGGCUUGCUAUAUUUAACAGUAAAAACCCCUCGAGUGUUGUGUAAGGUAUUCAUUUCGAGACACACAUACCCACCCACCCAAUUUAUCAUUUAUGAUGGCGAUUAAAUAUGCACUCAGGUCUGAGAGAUUGUCUUACUAAUUUUACAGACUCAGAACUAGUUUGCUCCUGAGUAUGAACACGGAACCAAGGGGCACUGGUGUUUAAGAGUCAGAGAGACCCCUGCUGUGUGUUCUGUUGCCAUACUGUCUUCGGAAGAGUCAGGAUGUUGACGUGUCCCAGUGACACUUCAUGUAUUCUGCUUUUCGGUAAUCAGUCAGAUGCCUGCCUGUCAACCGCAUGCCUACACCUGCUUCCUGAAAGCCGUGGUACACUAUUACAUUUAAUCAUGUUGUGCAUAAUGAUUUGGUGUAAAUUAGCUGAAAAGCUUGUAGCUCCAAAUCCUAACUGGAAGUAUGUAGAAUAUGUGACAUUUGAAGGAGAACAUUAAAAUAUAAAGUUGUGUAGUU